AUGGCAAACAGCUGCAAAGAAGAAAUGACAGCUACCGCCUUGCUUGAUCUCAAAAACAUUUACAGCCCCAUUUGGGUCGAACAGUUAGAAUCAGCAGCCGACAUCGCAUCAAUUCGGGCUGUGCUAAACGACCAUCAUGUUACAGCAUUUCCAGCAACGCUCAGUGGCGUUCACCAGGCAUUGACAGUGGCACUGCGAGUUGCUUUGCUGAUUUGUGAUUCAAUUGACGAUCUGAUAAUGUAUCAAGAAACUACGGCUUUCCAAGACGCUCUAGCCUAUAGGCCCUGCCUCCACUGUACUGAAGCAGGCUUUCAGAUCCAUGUUCAGUCCGUGUUAUCUGAUUUGACAUCAAUGAUCGAUGUAUCGACAGAGUACUUGCUGCGGCUGGGUUUAUUUGCUGAUUAUGCAACACUAAUCGUCAGCAAGCUGGUGUCAGCAUCCGCCUUCGGAGCGGAAACGGAUGAUCUACUCAUCCACCGCUGCCUCAUGGCUUGCAGUGCGUUGUCCGAAGUGUACGCAACAGCAAGACAAAGCAGCCUUAUUGCUGAGGAAUAUGACCUUGCACCGUGUCCUCCACGCUACGGGAAGGAUGAUGUCAAGGACGAUAUUGUUCAAUCAGCUAGUGGACCCAUUCUUGGUAACCAUCAAAUAAUGACACUCAACUUUCCGUUGUGUGCUCAUGCAGAUAUGAUACCAAAGCUGGCAUUCACGUCUUACAGAGACAAUUUUUGUUGGUUCGAGGACUGGGCGACGGCAAACCGCGGAGACGGUGAUACACCUAAACUUCAUCCAACCUAUAACUGUCCUUGGCGAGCGCGAAAUAAGAUAGGGACGGAACUCACGCGUUGGCUGGCGAAGCUCGAUCACACCACAAAGGAUUCCAGCAAUGCAUACUUGACACAUACCGGCAUACUUUGUACGAGCCAUGCUUGGGUCCGCAAAUUGAUGGUGGCAUCUAUUUCGUACGGAACCUACGGCAAUUGGCCUGUUCCCUUUGAGUUGGCCAUGGACGACUAUGCCGAAGUCGUUUGUACGUACAUCGGUGCAAUGUGGCGGGGCUGGAGUGUUGAUCAUGAUGUGCAAGCAUCGAUUGGAGAGCAUAAUGCUAUGAAUUGGCUAUGCAGAGCCUGUGCGAUGGCCACAACACGCGACGCCUUCUCUCCAGCCAAUGCUAAGGCUAUACGAAAGGAUUACAUUCUCCGUUUGGCCUGGUCCCCGCAGUCAUAUUUCUACUUUGGUCUGAGGCAUCACGGCUUCGAACGGCGAGUAGACAACCUGCUCGAGACAAGCACUAGAUUAUCAUCACCACACCGGUGUCUCAUCCAGCAGGUCGCACCAGUUUACUCGCCCAUAAUGUCUGGGGACAACGUGUGCACCAUUGCCACAAAACUGCUUGGUAUGUGCGGCAUGAGGGUAGUGGGUGAUUUCGGAAAUCUCGGUGACAAGGAUUGGGCAUGUCAUCCCCGUAUUUGUUCCACAUGUGACUUCGCAAAUUCUCGGUCUCAGCUCUUCAUGGUAUCUGUUGGAGCGGCACGCUUGGCGACACCUUCGGCCUUCGACUGUUUCCAGCACUCCAAGCCAGAAUACUAUGCCAAUGCCCUUGUGUGCCUGGAUGGCUGGCGGACGUGA